GGCAGUGCAGUCUGCAGUGGUAUCCCAUUUUCUUUCCCGCCGUAGUUGUGGGCGAUUCGCAAUCAAAUCGCCGCCGUGGAAAUGAUAACCCACGGCCUCACUCAACAAAUCGGCAAUUUCAAGCCCCUCUACUUCGUCUCUUCUCCCCGCCUUCCUCUCCGCCUGGAAAACCACUCUCCCCGCCACUUCUCGCCGAGAAACACCCUCCCUUUCCCUCUCCUCGCCUCUCUCCGCCGUGACUCUUCCUUCGAUGCUGAAGCGCAGCACGAACCCCGUCGGAUUCUCUCUGGAAGCCGGCGGGAGGUCCUUCUCCUCCCCUCCUUGGCCGCUGCUGCAGGCCUCCUCCACUCCAUCUCUGCUGCGCGGGCGGAGGAGAAGCCUCCUCAGCCUUCUUCUGACACCGCCGUCGUCGACACCAGGGAGGAGAAAAAGGAGAAGAGUGAGGAAGGGGAGGCAGCAAUUGUGUCUAGGGUUUACGAUGCGACUGUGAUAGGGGAGCCUCUGGCGGUGGGUAAGGAUAAGAGGAGGGUGUGGGAGAAGCUGAUGGGGGCUCGGAUUGUUUAUCUUGGGGAGGCCGAACUGGUCCCCGAUCGUGAUGAUAGGGUUUUGGAGCUGGAGAUACUGAAGAAUCUUCGGAGCCGAUGCUUGGAGCAGCAGAGGUCAAUCUCAGUGGCGCUUGAGGCCUUUCCUUGUGAUCUCCAAGAACAGCUCAAUCAAUUUAUGGAUGGAAGGAUUGACAGCAAAAGCUUAAGGUCUUACACCUCUCAUUGGCCACCGGAGCGUUGGCAGGAAUAUGAACCUCUUUUAAACUACUGUCUUCAAAAUGAUGUAAAACUUGUUGCUUGUGGUACUCCGCUACAGAUUUUAAGAAAUGUUCAAGCUGAAGGUAUUCGAGUAUUUUCCAAGAGUGAGCGGAAAUUAUAUGCUCCUCCAGCUGGUUCUGGCUUUAUUUCUGGCUUUACGUCUAUUUCUGGGAGGUCAUCAAUAGACAAAAUACUUUCCAAACAAUCAACUUCUUUUGGUCCUAGUUCAUACUUAUCUGCUCAGGCCAGGGUUGUUGAUGAGUACACCAUGUCCCAAAAUAUCACACGAGCAAUGGAGGAUGGAGGUUCUGCAGGCAUGCUUGUAGUAAUAACAGGGGCAAGCCAUGUUAUGUAUGGAUCAAGAGGGAUAGGUAUUCCCGCUAGAAUGUCCAAGAAACUGCAAAAGAAAAACCAAGUUGUCAUAUUGCUUGAUCCUGAAAGGCAAGACAUCCGCAGAGAAGGGGAGGUUCCUAUUGCUGAUUUUUUGUGGUAUUCUGCUGCUAAACCAUGUAACAGAAACUGCUUUGACCGUGCUGAAAUAGCGCGAGUAAUGAAUGCUGCUGGCCGAGAGAGGGAAGCUCUACCUCAGGACCUUCAAAAAGGAUUGGAUCUUGGUGUGGUAUCACCAGAAAUACUGCAGAACUUUUUUGACCUGGAAAAGUACCCGUUCAUUGCAGAGCUCAUUCACCGUUUCCAGGGCUUUAGGGAAAGAUUGCUGGUUGAUCCUAAAUUUCUGAAUAGGUUGGCAAUAGAAGAAGCUAUAUCAAUAACAACCACCUUGUUAGCCCAGUAUGAACGGCGUAAAGGGCGUUUUUUUGAUGAAAUUGACUAUGUUAUAACGGAUACCAUCAGAGGGACAGUUGUUGAUUUCUUUACUGUUUGGCUUCCCGCCCCAACCCUGUCUUUUCUCACCUAUGCUAAUGACAACCCCACUUCUGAGAACUUUGAAUUAUUUAAGGGUCUUCUGGGAUCCUUUCCAGACAAUGCUUUCCAAAAGAGUAUCAUUGGGAAGGACUGGGAUUUGAGUCAGCGGUUUGCAGCAGUGAUUCUUGGUGGCCUUAAACUUGCUGGGGUUGGUUUUGUUUCUGGUAUUGGGGCCGGAAUUACUACAGAUGUAUUAUAUUCUAUUCGCCGACUUCUGAAUCCUACAUCUACUGCUGAUGGAGGGCGGAAAAGAGCUCCCAUAGUCAAGUCAGCAGUUAUCUACAGCUGUUUUCUUGGGACGUCCGCAAAUCUGCGCUAUCAGAUUAUUGCCGGUUUAGUGGAGCACCGAUUGUCUGAUAAUUUGUUGUCCUUUCCCAAUGGAGCUUUGCUUGUGAAUAUGUUGUCUUUUGUUGUUCGCACUAUCAAUUCUUACUGGGGAACCCAGCAAUGGGUUGAUCUGGCCCGGUUUACAGGAUUACAACAGCGAAAAGUAGAGUCAGUUUGUGAUCAAAUUUCUGAUCCUCCUAACACACCUCUCCUGAACUGCCCAGGCCCUUCUGCCAAAGCAGAAAAUGCGGAAGAUGGCAGUAAUGAGCCAGAUGGUACUCCUACUUAGUUGGAAAAUAAGCCCAAAACCAUUCCACGCCUUCAAACUAGUGAUAACAGUCAAAAGAAGGCAUUGUCCCUGCUGCCAUAUGUAAUGUUGUAAAUGAUCUUCAGUCAUGCACAAGCAUUU